AUGAUCCAUAUUCCCUACUUUUUUGAUAACAAUAAUAAUAUUACUGCUGUUAAUCGUGUUAUGGACUACCAACAAUAUCAUGAUGGAAUACACUUUCCAUCCACGACGUUCGCAAUUAAUAAUCAGACUCCAACAUUUCCGAAUAAUAUGUUAUACCAAGCCAAUUCAGGAUCCUUGGCUGGCUCUCAGCAGAAUCAUAUUGACCAGGCGACCGCUCAAAAUGUCAGUCAAAGUAAUCUACAGCCUCAUAACGAAGAAUACGCAUUAUAUCAUCGUCAAUUAGCUCAGAACCAUGCUAUGGCACUCGCUCAGUUAUUGAUUCCUGGUGCAGAAUAUGACGAAGCAAAGGAAUCAAUUCCAAAGUUAUCCUCACAGAAUCAGUUGCAAAUGUCCCAUGACGAUCGUCAAAUUAAUAUAAAUUAUGCGAUCGAACAGAAUUUUGUAACGUCUCAAAAUAUUGUAUCAUCCGCCCAAUCCGGUGUUUCCAAUUUGGUAAAUCAAAAACCACCAGUUUACACAAAAUGGACAGAACAGGAAGAUGAGUUGUUGCGUGGUGCAGUGCGCAUUUAUGGUCCGCACAAAUGGUCUCUUAUCGCAACUCAUGUGCCAAAUCGAACGCCAAUGCAAUGUUCGGCUAGAUGGGUAGGAGCGUUGAAUCCUUCAAUUCUUAAAGGUCGAUGGACUUCUCAGGAGGAUAACGCACUCAAAGAAGCUGUUAGUCAUUAUAUCAAUUCUGUCGAUUCACAAGGAAAUCCGCAACCGAUCCCGUGGAAUAAGGUCUCAAAGAGAAUUCCACAACGCACUGGGGCUCAAUGUCAGGCCCGUUGGACCGAAGCAUUAGACCCUCGCAUAAGGAAAGGUAAAUGGUCACCCAAUGAGGAUGAAAUUUUGAAAGACGGGGUUCGAAUGUUUGGGCGCUGUUGGAUUCGAAUUGCCGAAAUGAUAAAUGGAAGAACUCAGAGACAAUGUCGUACACGUAAUAAUAUGUUAACACCACCUAACACCACUCCUUCAACACCAGCGCAAAGAAUUAAAAGCGUAACAUCGAACUCACCAGACAUUAUCCAAGGAGUAAUCUUACGUUCUUCUCCACAAACGAUGACCAACACUAGUCCCACAUCGUAUGGAACUUUAGAAUCGCCAAUUUCAAAUCAGUCAGUGAGUAGUGGUCAAAGCCCAACCAUUUCUGAUCCCGCAACACCUAUCUCGAGUCCCGAAUUUUCAAAUUACGUUGUCGAUACGAACUCUUUCCAAAAUUGCAACAUGCAUUUUAAUAAUUCGGCUUCCGAGAAUCCACUUUU